CCCACCUCUCCGCCGCUCCCUCCUCUCCUCCUCCUCCCCCUUUCCCUCACCCUCUUCGUCGUAGGGUUCCAUUAGAUCUCUCCCUACCCCACCCAUGGCGCUUUGCGGAGUCGCCUUCCUCCCGGCGGCGGCCGCGCCCGACGCGCUCAGGAUCGGCCUCCCGAUUGGCGCGGCUUCGCCCUCUCCCCGCCCCCGGCGCCUGACGGGACCCCUGCAUCCGCGCAGGCGCCAGGCGACGUGCUCUCUGGGGAGGAUCGCGUCAUUUGCGGCCUCCACCGGCGCCGAGGAGGUGGCUGCGGCGGAGGCGGCGGAUGAGGAGGAGGUCGGGCCGGUCGUCAAGUUCAAGAUGUCCCACUUCAUCGUCUCUGAUCACGUUAGCGUCGGACUUCAGGGAAGGUCGGACGAGGUGAUCUACGAGGCGACCGUUCGCGAUCCCAACAGCCCACUGUACAAUUCGAGGGUAGUGCUUCGACAACUGACGAGCGUGCAAGCCAAGCGCAGAGGUCGUCGUGCAUUAGAGGUGCUGAAGAGGCUUGCUCGGCGCAAGCUUAUGUACCACUCCUAUGCAAUGCAAGUCUAUGGCUAUGUAUCUCCUUCGAAUACUGGGGAUGAUGUCCCAUUCACCUUGGUGCAUGGCUAUCAUGGGAGUUAUUCUCUGAGGCACUGGCUUCAACUCUCAGACUGGUUUCCAACUUUAGAAGCUACUUUGGCACUGGAUGAAGAGUGUCUUAGGAGGGUCGGGGAUGAUUCAACAGGAGGACCUGCUGUAACUCGGCAGCUACGUCUUACAAGAAUUUUGAUGAGAGAUCUUUUGAUUGGAGUUAAUUACUUGCAUAGUCAUGGAUUAGCCCAUACUGAAUUAAGGCUGGAGAAUGUACAUAUUAGUCCAGUUGACAAACACGUAAAAAUAGGUAUCCUUGGAAAUGCUGUUGACUUUUACAACAGCAAUCCAAAUGACAGCAUGGUUGAUAGGAACAGCAACAGGAGGAAAAUGAUGAUUGCAUUUGACAUGAGAUGUGUUGGUUUCAUUAUGGCAAAAUUGAUUCUGAGGGAGCUUAUGGAUGCUUCAACGUUUCUAAAGUUCAAGUCCUUUCUGACGAAGGGAAAUGACCCUUCAUGUUUGCGCGGGUUCCUCUUGCCAAUUCUGUUCCGAGAUUCACCCUCUGGAAAUGCUGGUUUGCAGAUAAUGGAUAGGAACUGGGGUGCUGGUUGGAACCUUCUAUCACGAUUGCUGGCAUUAAAACCUUCUGAGAGGAUAAGUUGUUUGGAUGCUCUUAGACACCCAUUUUUGUGUGGUCCGAAAUGGCGCACAGGCCCGUCUAUGGAUUUGAUCCGCUGGGGCUUAGGAUCAACCACUGUUCGCAUGGCAGAAGAUUACAUCUAUGUCGGGCAUCAGCGUAACAGGAUAGCUUAUUUCAUAGAGUUGAUGGAGUUGCUUAAUCCAAGUCCAAGAACAAAGGGGUGGUUCAACUUCUUGCCUGGUAGAUGGCGCCUGUUAUACUCCACAGGAAGGCAUAUAGGAUUGACGCUUCGACAAACUACACCAAGUGUUCUCAUCCGUGAUGUGCAUCUAACUUUCACAAAAGCUUCUGAUUCAGAUCAUCGCACUUUUUCGCUAGUGUCUGACAUUAGCUUCAAGGUCAUACCAACUCCUGAAUGGCCACACGACAAGUCUGGACCGCCCGGAAGUUUGCGUGUCGAGUCCUGUGUCAAGAUCUGCCCUGGACGAAGGCUUUAUCCUAAAGAAGAGGAUGGUGAAGCCAGCAGUACUCUUUUCCAAAACUCUUCUGCUCAUAACUUGUCUCGUAGGAAAUGGAAGGGGAUGGGCAAUAUUAAGGAGCUCCCAUCCAGCGUCCCCACCGUGAAACUUUUGGUGGACGACAUUGAUGUAUCGAUGAGACUCGAUUCAUCGUCGUUAAGCGUCGACACCGCCGAGAAAGUUCUUCGGGAGGUUCGCACUCAGAUCCCUUUUGAAAUGUUUGAUGUGUCUAAAUUUGUUUGCGGCACUUAUGUAGACUCAAGAAUGAUGGUUCUUCGUGGAGUCAGUGGAUCGGCUCUGCUCUUCACAAGAUCAUGUCCGACGAAUGAUGCUAUCUAAAUGUUUUUUGUUUUUUUUUUGGGAGAAAAAGCAAUGUGUAGAUUCUUUUUCUUCUCUCUCGAUGUAAAACAAAAAACAAAAAACUUGUACCAUUAUGAACACAUUGUAUUAUUUCUUGAAAUGUUUGAGUGCCAGCCACAUUACAUGGUGACCCAAA